AUGGAAAAUCAUAACCGAACAUCAACUGAUUUCAUCUUAUUAGGGUUCUUCCCACCUUCAAGAACUGGACAAUUUCUUUUCAUUCUCAUUGUCCUCAUUUUCCUAAUGGCUCUAUUUGGUAACCUGUCCAUGAUCCUUCUCAUCUUUCUGGACACACAUCUCCACACACCCAUGUAUUUCCUACUCAGUCAGCUCUCCCUCAUGGACCUGACUUACAUCUCUACCAUUGUCCCCAAAAUGGCCUACAAUUUUCUGUUUGGAAACAAAUCUAUCUCUUUUGUUGGGUGUGGGGCUCAGAGCUUCUUCUUCUUGACUGUAGCAUGUGCAGAAGGAUUGCUCUUGGCCUCUAUGGCUUAUGAUCAUUAUGUGGCCAUUUGCUUUCCUCUUCACUAUCCCAUCAGAAUCAGCAGAAGAGUGUGUGGGUUGAUGAUAAUAGGAUCUUGUAUAAUGGGCUCUAUCAACUCCUGUAUGCACACCACAUAUGCCCUCCAUAUCCCAUAUUGCCAAUGCAGGACCAUCAAUCAUUUCUUCUGUGAUAUCCCAGCGAUGUUGACUCUGGCCUGCAUGGACACCUGGAUCUAUGAGUACACAGGGUUUGUGAGCACCACCCUAUUCCUUUUGUUGCCUUUCAUUGGUAUUGCACUUUCCUAUGGUUGUGUUCUCUUUGCUGUCUAUCAUAUGAACUCAGCCAAAGGGAAAAAGAAGGCCUGUUCAACCUGCAGCACCCACCUCACUGUGGUGACUUUCCACUAUGUGCCCUUUGUUUAUACUUACCUACACCCAAGAUUUCUCCGUACUCCAACAGAGGACAAGGUUCUGGCUGUCUUUUAUACUAUCCUUACCCCAAUGCUCAAUACUAUUAUCUAUAGCCUGAGAAAUAAGGAGGUGAUGGGGGCCUUGAGAAGAGUAAUUCAGAGAAUCUACCCUGUGAAAAUGUAA